AUUCCACAUUUGCAGCAGAUCGAAUUUAUUUGCAAAAUGCAAGCCGUUCGACAGUGUUCAGUGUGUGCCAGCCGUACUGCUGGAGGACUUCUGCGAAAUCCGGCAGACAUUCCAUUGCUGAGGACCAAUAAGAGUGUACUCAGGAGAGGAGCAGCCUGCACACGUCUCCUAAGCAGUUCUGAGAGUGUCCUCUACAGCAGCAGGAAUCUUGGAGUCCAGAAGUUGGGGGAAUGGAAAGAUGCUGCACACGCAAGCAUGGCAUCUUUAAGUGUUGGCCGCAGGCUUUGUGUUGUCCCCUUUACACAGCAAGUGGAAAACCUCUCUCAUGACUCCCUGAUCAAAAGAGCAGCCUCAGUGGUCACAGACAGUUCAAGUACUUUCCUCUCCCAGACCACUUUGGCUUUCAUAGAUGCCCUCACAGACUAUUCACGGGCUGUGCACACACGUGUUGCUCUCCAAAGACGCUAUUUGGCCUCAAUAGGAAAACUGACCCGAGCAGAAGAGGACUCCCUCCGGCAGGUGAUCCAUGGCCAGCGAGCUGAGGCUAGUGACAGACUGGAGGAAUGCAAACACUUUGAGUCGACCUGGAUCAAUGCUGUCAACUUGUGUAAAAUGGCAGCUGAGGCAGCGUGCACUUCAGGAGCUGAGCAGGCGUCCAUCACGGUGAGGACAAACAUUCAGGUGGCCCAGUCUCAGGUGGAGGAGGCACGGAAAAUGUCAGCGGAUGCAGAUAAGAAGUUGGCCGAGACUAAAGUAGAAGAGAUCCAAAGAAUGGCAGAAUAUGCUUCCUCCCUAGAGGGUGGUGAGGAGCUUGAGAUACAUGAGGCCUAUCUACGGGAGGACUAAGACAAAUAGACAGAGAUAUUGGCAAACCAGAUGAAAUAACCGCAUUUUUAAGUGCUGUUGAUUUCAUAGUGAGACGGAUUCUCCUCCAAAAGUUCUGAGCUUUCUACAUUUAUUCACCUAUUAUGGCUCUUCUUUUUUGAGCCUUUAGGGUGUUUUACACCAAGAAAAUCAAAUUUUGAGAAGGGAAUCACAUAAAUUGCUAACAAUCUAUAAUUCUUUACUAGAUCAAUUAUUAUUUAAGACUAUUUAUUUGAUUAGUGAAUAUGUUUGGAACUUCUGAAAAUUAUUAUCUAAUCUCCUAUGUAUAUUGUGUAUAUCACUUGUAUGUUUUGUUGUAACAACAGUUGUAAAGACUGUUCUCUCUCUUUUUUUUUUAAAGUAAAAGCAUUGUUUGUAUUGUGUUCUCAUUGUUCAGAUGAUAAUAAAUAAAAUAUGU